AUGUUCUUGACUAACAUCAAGUCAAGGCUAAGUGAUCUCUGCAAAGGAACAUUGAUAAAAUCCUUGGAUUAUCUAUCUGCUCGACGAUUUGGCCCUCUCAUGUCGCUCCACUUCGGCAAUGUCCCAGUACACGUCGUGUCCUCCGCCGAUACUGCCCGUGAGAUCACUAAAACUCAUGAUCUCAUAUUCAUAAACAGACCCAAACGCAUCUUCUUUCAGAUACUUCUCUACGACUAUAAAGACGUCGUGUCCGCACGUUACGGCGAGUAUUGGAGGCAGAUGAGAAGUAUAUGUGUACUGAAUCUUCUAAGUAACAAAAGGGUUCAAUCUUAUCGGGCUAUAAGAGAAGAAAAAACUGCUCUAGCAGUGAAGAACGUUCAAAAGUCUAGCUCUUCUGGCUUACUAGUGAAUCUAAGCGAGCUCUUUUUAAUGACUCUGAACAACGAUGUGGGGGAUUAUCUUCCAUGGCUUGCAUGGGUAAGCCAUGUCAAUGGAUUCAAUGCUAAAGCCAAGAAAGUGGCCAAGGAGUUCGAUGAAUUUCUUGAUGAACACGAGAAUCACCAUAACAAACAAGUAAAUUAUUUUAAAGGGAUUCAAGGUAAAGAUCAAAAAGAUUUUUGUGGAUGUUCUGCUGGAGAUUCAAAGGCAAAAUCACGUGGGAGCUAG